AUGGGCAGAAGAAGCCGCACAAACCCCUCCAGCGGGGAGGAGGCGAGAGGCUGAGCCCGCCCCGAGCAAAGAGAAAACAAGGAAACUGAAAGAGGCAGGAGUGCGGCUGUGCGCCCGGGCUCUCACUUUUCUGCCCUUCGCUGCAAUGGACAGCUAGACAGGAGCCUGCUGAGGAGGUGUCAUUCAUUAUCUGGCUCGCACGGCAGCGCGUCCUGUCCAUCACCAACACGCAAUUCUUUGCAUUACUGCGGCUGUCACUCAUUUACUCAAUCGGGAAAGACGGCCAGUAACUAUAACCAGUGCAAGAUCAAUGAUGGCGCAAAACAUAUAUGAUAUUGAUGCUCAUCUGGAUACAUAUUUACCAAUAAACCCUUUAUUUCAAGAACCUAUUUAUAUGACUUCUGAGCCAAAUCUUCGAAGUGCUGAAGGGCCAUACAUUGAAAUCACAGAGCAACCAAAACAGAGAGGGUUUCGCUUUCGAUAUGUCUGUGAAGGGCCGUCACAUGGAGGACUUCCUGGGGCUUCGAGUGAAAAAAACAAAAAGUCAUACCCACAGAUUAAGAUUCAUAAUUAUGUUGGUCAAGUUAAGAUUAUAGUGCAGCUGAUAACCAAUAGCAAAGACAUCCGACUGCAUGCCCAUAGUCUAGUUGGUAAAAACUGUGAAGACGGCAUCUGUUCUCUAACUGUAGGACCUAAAGAUACAAUUGUUGGGUUUGCUAACCUGGGAAUACUUCAUGUUACAAAGAAGAAAGUGAUUGAGAUUCUGGAGGCCCGCAUGACAGAUGCCUUCAAAAAGGGACACAAUGCUGCAUUAUUAGUACAUCCAGAGCUCAAUUAUACAUACUCUGAAGAUAGACAAUUAAAUGUGCGGGAAAAGGAAAUCAUAAGACAGGCAGCAAUGCAGCAGGCCAAGGAUAUAGACCUAAGUGUGGUGCGACUCAUGUUCACUGCCUUCCUGCCAGAUAGCGAAGGUCGAUUUACUAGAUCACUUGAGCCUGUGGUAUCUGUUCCCAUCUUUGAUAGCAAAGCCCCCAAUGCAUCCAAUCUGAAAAUCGUGCGAAUGGACAGGACUGCAGGCUGUGUGACAGGAGGGGAAGAAGUAUACCUCCUGUGUGAUAAAGUGCAGAAAGACGAUAUUCAAGUCCGCUUCUAUGAAGAGGAUGAAAAUGGAGGCUUCUGGGAAGGAUUUGGAGAUUUCUCACCUACUGAUGUUCAUAGACAGUUUGCUAUUGUCUUCAAAACCCCAAAGUACAAGGAUGUAAAUAUUACAAAGGCAGCGUCUGUGUUUGUUCAACUUCGGAGGAAGUCAGAUUACGAAACUAGUGAACCCAAACCAUUUCUUUACUACCCAGAAAUAAAAGACAAGGAGGAAGUACAAAGGAAACGCCAGAAGCUUAUGCCUAAUUUCUCAGAUGGUUUUGGUGGAAGUGGGGCAGGAUCUGGUGGAGGUGGUGGUGGUUUAUAUGGAGGAGGAGGAGCAGGAGGCUCUGGAGCAGGUGGCAGCUAUGGGUUUUCUUCAUUUAGCUACAAUAAUUAUGGAGGUUUGAAUUUUCAUGGAGGCCCUAUGAAUUCCAGCCCAUGUAUGAAGCAUGAGUCCCAGCCCCAGUGUGAAGCCAACCAGAAACAUGUUGAGACCAUGAAUAUCCAAGAUGCCCCUAAUGAAGUGGUAUGUUUGUGCUUCGACACUGUUCAAGAAAAUGAAGAGGCUCCAGCAAGGGAGGAAAGGGAGUUUUGCAAAUUGCAUGACUGUAAUUUCCCAAGAAAUGCUCUGCAGCUCACAAAGCGUCAUGCAGCUUCCUUGUUUGACUAUGCCGUAACAGGAGAUGUGAGGAUGUUAUUAGCUGUACAGCGCCACCUAGCUUCAAUUCAAGAUGAGAAUGGUGACAACAUUCUCCACCUGUCCAUUAUCCACCAACAUUCUGCAUUAGUAAGGAUCUUCCUGGACAUAACACAAGGGCCUGUGUGUGACGAUAUCAUCAAUGUGAGAAAUGACCUAUACCAGACUCCGUUGCAUUUGGCUGUGAUCACACAACAACCUGACACUGUGCAAGAUAUCAUAAAAGCUGGAGGUGACCCGUUGUGCUUGGACCGUGAUGGCAACUCCGUCCUACAUCUGGCUUGUAAAGAAGGAGAUGCCUCAACAUUAAGUAUACUGCUCAAACACAAAAAGACACUGGAGAUCAUCAAUCUUCCAAACAAUGAUGGUUUGAAUCCAAUCCAUGUUGCUGUACUUUCAAAUUGUGUGCUGUGCCUCCGGCUACUGAUAUCAGCCAGGGCAGAUGUAAACGCUCAAGAACAGAAAUCAGGAAAAAGUGCAUUGCAUUUGGCGGUGGAACAAGACAACAUAUCUCUAGCUGGCUGUCUUCUUCUGGAGGGAGAUGCGUGUGUUGACAAUACUACAUAUGAUGGCAAUACACCGCUUCACAUAGCAGUUGGAAGAGGCUCUACCAAGCUUACAGCACUUCUCAAAGCCGCAGGUGCAGAUUCCUUUGUUGAGAACUUUGAACCCCUCUUAAGAUUUGAAGAUACUCAAGAUGAAGAUGAUGUAGAUGAAGGAAUUGUACCGGGCACAAAACCUCUGGACAUAGCUACUAGUGAUGAGGUUCUUGAAAUUCUGAAUGGCAAGCCUUACAAGUCAGAAGUGGCUCCUGAAGACUCCUUGCCACAAGGUGACAUGAAAAACCUUAGUGGAGAGGUAAAGCAGAGGCUGUACACCUUGUUAGAAAGCCGAGAUUUGGACAAGAACUGGGUCACUUUAGCACAGAAGCUGGGCCUUGGAAUGCUGAACAAUGCUUUCAGAUUAAGCCCCCACCCAUCUAAAACAUUACUGGACAACUUUGAGGUUUCUGGUGGAACCAUGACAGAACUCCUGGAUGCCUUAAAACUGAUGCAUUACACUGAAGCUGUUGAGGCCAUUGAGCAGUCACAAGCUAUCCUUAAGCUGUCUGGGACUUCUACGCCAUCUUCAGAGGCACUGCUUCCUGCACAGAGAAGAGAUUCCCCCAUGUUCGAUGUUGGUUACCUUAAGCUGCAGGACACUGAUAGUACGUGCGACAGUGGCGUAGAGACAUCCUUUCAGAAACUGAGCCUUUCAUAUUCGGAAUCUCUGAAGGAGACAGAGACAGUUUGCCCAAAGUUUUCCCAGGAACCAGACUGUACUCUCAUCUGCAACAAGUGAUAGGCAAGUGUUGGACUCUGUCUUACAUGCACAGCGAGGCUCAGCAGCUUGAACAAAUACACUGGAUAUUCAAGAAAGCCUGGGCCUGGUACAAUUUAAAACACUUCUUUGCUCAUGCAUAUAGUAAGCUAGCGAAAAGAAUAUAUAUAAUUAUAUAUAUGCAACUUUUAAGGACCUAAGCUUCUGGGUUCUGGGCAUCACACUCUGUGUAUUGCUUAUCCCUAAUUGAAUUAGGAUGUUGCAUAUUUACUUAUUGAAUCAUGUUGGUUUAAAGUCUCUAUGGAUUCUGCAUGAGUUCCUAUUAUACACCAUCAGAAAACUACACGAUUCAAAAAACAAUUCAGAAAUUAAACUUCCCAGUUAAGUUACUGUCAUUUGCAAAUGUUGGCAAUAUAUUAAGAAUGGCUAGCAAUCAUUUAAUAAUGUUUUAUGCCUUGGUUUACUACAGUAAAUAUUAUAUAUUUUUCUGAAAUUUAAUUUUUAUUGUGUGUUUUAUAAUAAAAUGAUAAAGGAAAGAUGUUUAUCA